CCUGGAAUUGAAUACAAUUUAUUAUAUAAAACAAUGCGUACCGAUAGCAAUAUGUUAAUGCAUUGUUGAUCUUAUACGUGUUUCAUACGGGCGUACAUACAUAAUUGUUGAUGUAGGUUCUGCAUUGUGAACAUUUUGUGUUUGUUGCGUGGGUCCGGUGGAAAUAAUAUGGGAAUGUAGGUACGUUAGCGACGCACUGCGCCGGAGUGCUUCGGAGAGUUCAGACGUGAAACGUGAUCGACGCUAGUGUUCAAUUCAGCACAAUGCCAACUCCAGACUACAAUGUGGAUUUGGACCUCGGGGAGCCCCCACCGGAAUUGCAGGAGUACGCUCGUCUACAGUGUGGCGAAGACCCUAACUCGCGACUACAAAACAUUUACGAACUUAGAGAAAUGAUAUAUGAGCGAGGCGAAUGCACUCCGCAUCGUAUGGACGAUGAAUUCUUGUUAAGAUUUCUACGAGCCCGCAACUUUAUCCCACAAAGAGCGCAUCGACUGAUGGUGAAUUAUUACCAGUUUAAAGAGGACUAUCCGGAGUUAUUUGAAAAUGUUUACCCCUUAGAUCUUAGAAGGAUAGGAGAUGCAAAUGUCAUAGCUGUGCCUCCCUACCGUGACCAAACUGGACGAAGGUUACUUCUCUAUAGAAUUGGUUGUUGGGAUUCUAAAACGGUUGCAGUUGACGAUAUUUUUAAAGCCACAAUAUUUGCGCUUGAACUUGGUAUGCUAGAGCAACGCACUCAGAUACUAGGAGGGGUGGCGUUGUUCGACUUGGAGGACUUGAGCACACAACAUGCCUGGCAAAUCACUCCUACAGUAGCGAGCAAAAUCGUCAAACUUCUAGUGUCAAGCUUUCCUGCAACGACUCACGCCAUACAUGUGAUCAAUCACUCGUGGAUAUUCGACACGAUGUACAAUAUAUUUAAGCCGCUGUUAACAUCCGAGAUGCGUUCCAGGAUCUAUUUCCAUGGUUAUGACGUCACUUCUCUUCAUAAACAUAUUCUUCCUAAUUACUUGCCAGAAAGAUAUGGAGGCAUCUGGCCCGAUUACCCGUACACGAUUUGGCUUGAAUCGUUAAAGAAAAAUUAUGAUGUCGCUAAAGAAGUUUUAGCAUGUGGAUAUAAGUUUCGGGAGGACGAAAUUUGUCCCGAAGUAGUAAGACGGCUCAAACAGGAAGGCAUAAAGUUAUCUUAAAUCUGGGACAAAGUACGUGACUGCCAUCAUUUUACGCAGUUUCGCUUCAAUGUAAAAACAAUAUAUAAUAAAAUUAUUUUUAUGUUUCGACCUGUUUUGGCUUUGUUAUUUAAAUAAGAUUUAUAAGGUAUUAUUAUUUUAACUUUUACUCUUUAAAAUAUUGUUUUUGUUCUUAUUUUAUUGAUAUUAACGAAGACGCCAAUUUCAAAAGUCAAUCAAUAAGUACCUAAUAAUUUACCGUCGUAUGACUUCACCAAUAAAUUCACUUCAUUCAAUAAAUCGAUUUAUUGAAUUUAUAAAAUAAGAAACAAACUAAAUUGUAGUCCUUAGAUAAUAUAAAUAUUUUAUUUUAAAUUAAUUUCCAUAAAAAUAUUUUGUAAGAUUAUAAUAUUUUAAGAUUCGUCAAAAACCUGUGAUACAUUGUAUGCAUCGUUGGGAUCAGCUUGCAUUUUAAGUUAACAAGUAAAUGAAAAACAAAACUAAUGUUUAUCCAUAUGACUCAUCGUCCUUUAUAUCGAUCACAAUAUAAGCUUGUCCUCGUGUGUGCAGUCAUUUGUUUAUAAUUUAGAUUAAUUUAUAAGCAAUAGUUAAAAUUAAGAGAUAAGAUGAAUCUGGAAACGCAUUAUUAUUGUAACAACUCUACUCGAUAAAUAAAACUUAAGUAUUAAA